AGAGACAGUGAGACACUGACCCUAUAGGCACUGCUCCGGGAGGGAUCAUCCAUCCGGGCAUCCGGCCGCUCCGCGCGAGUCCUUCCUCCUUAAUCCCCAGGCGCGCGCGUCCGUGGCGGCGAUGGGCGCGGGCGGGCGCCGGGCGCGGCAGAACGCGAUGCGGUCGGGGGUGGUGGUGCUCGGCGCCGUGGCCUUCGGCUACCUCUCCUUCCGCGUCGGCUUCAAGCCCUACCUCGACCAGGCGCAGGAGGCCAUGGACUCCUCCCACGACCCAACCGCCGCCGCAUCCGACGACUCCGGCGCCGACCUUCCCGGGGAAGGUGUGGCCGACCCCGCGCCGUCCAAGGACCCGGCCGUCGUGCUCCGCGACUGAAGCGUCGCGGGGAGCGGGUGCUCUCCUCGCGCGUUUGGUUGCGCCAUUUCGACGAACGCCUUGUACGCGGUCCUUGCUUCGACUGUGUUUGGCGCUCUGGAAUUGGAAUCUUUCCUACUGCUUUGAACUGGUUUGUGCUUAAUGCCGACAUAUAAAUUUCGCUGUUCGAUUGAUUCUGCGUGGAGGAAUAAGUCAUUUUAAGCUGUGUUGGCUUCGGGUGA